AUGUCCCGCUUCUGCAGGAAGAGCCGCGGAUGCAACGUCCACGGAUGCCAAAUGAGGCAUCACUACCUUCUCCACGAGUCACCUGGACAUUCUAGACAGCCGUACGUCGCAGAGGGAGGCCGCAGGAGCGACCAGAGAAGCAACAGCAAACGGAGUGGAAUGCCACGACCAGUGGAUUCCAACGAGAGGAGCCGUCCCACGUCAGCCGCAGUUAUAGACGCGGGGCGUGAGCAGGAUGAAAGGCGAUCGACGAGUGACCGCCACGAUUUGAUGCAUCGGAACCUGAACUGCGUUGACUCGAUUGGAUGCCACCUACUAUUCCGGAUUCUACCCUUGACGUUGUACGGGGAGAAUACGCAGGUCGACACCUAUGCACUGCUGGAUGAAGGAUCGUCUGUCACGCUCAUCGAUGACGAACUCAUCCGCAGCCUGAACCUGAAAGGCGAGAGUCGCCAACUGAACGUGCAAUGGUUUGGUGGGAAAUCUGCCAAAGAGCACACGAAAGUGGUCAGCCUGCAGAUCAGUGCAGCGGGCAAGCCAAAGCGCCAUGGGCUGAAGAACGUGUACGGAGUAGCCAAUUUGAACCUUCCGAUGCAGAGCCUGCGUCGGGAUGAUUUACAGACAGUGGAGGCAAAUGCGCGCCUGCCUGUGAAGCCGUACAACAAUGCGACGCCGAGGAUCCUAAUUGGACUGGAUCAUGCGCAUCUUGGAAUACCUCUCAAAACAAGAAGCUAUGGAUCUGGAGGACCAUUUGCAGCAGCCACCGCACUUGGAUGGGUGGUGUAUGGACCGGUGAGCGGAAAGGUGAGCUCACCGCUUCAGAGUUCGUGCCUCCUAGCCGUGCCCCAGGAUAAUCUUCUGGAGAAGAUGGUCAGCGACUAUUUCGAGAUCGAGAAUUUCGGAGUAAAGCCGGAACAGCCAGUCGCAGCUGGCGGAGUGGAGCUGGCGCCGUCAGUCGCAGAUGGCGGCGACGCACGGGCCCUGAGAAUCCUGGAGGAGUCGACUAAGCGAGUAGGUCGACGAUACGAAACCGGGCUGCUAUGGAGAGACGACGAGGUGAGACUGCCGGAGAGCUACAAUAUGGCGCUUAAGAGACUCGUCAACAUCGAAAGAAAAAUGAGGCGCGACGUGGUCUUCGGCGCGGCUGCCAAGGUGAACGGAGUGUCCCUCAACUCAGCGCUGCUGAAAGGCCCACAGCGCUACAAACCACUUCCAGCAGUGCUCUUCCAUUUUCGGGAAGGAGCAGUUGGGGUUUGUGCAGACAUCAAGGAGAUGUUUCAUCAGGUACUGAUGCAGCCACAGGAUAGAGGUUCCCAGAGGUUCCUGUGGAGGAACGGAGAUGACCAGCGGGAGCCGGACACAUACGAGAUGCAGGUGAUGACGUUCGGAGCAGCUUGCUCACCAUGUUCGGCGGACUACGUGGAGACCUUGAAUGCCUCGCAGUACAGCAGCACAGACCCGCGAGCAGCCCUGGCCAUCAAGGAAUACCACUACGUGGACGACUACGUCGACAGUUUCACCAGUGAAAAAGAAGCUAUCGCCGUUUCGACACGGGUGAGAGAAAUUCAUGCAGAUGCAGGAUUUGACUUGUGUCGAUUUACUUCCAGUUCGGUAAGUGUGGUCAGAGCGUUGAACCCACUUGAAUCCAUCGCUAGCGUCAGAUGGACCGAAGCUGAGGAGAAGGUACUAGGAAUGUACUGGCAGCCGGCUACAGACGACUUCAAGUUCGGCAUCAAAUAUCAUCGAGUCCCGAGAAUCGUGAUGACAGGGGAACGCGUCCCUACCAAGAGGGAGUUCCUAAGCCUGGUCAUGUCCACGUUCGACCCGAUUGGAUUCCUGAGCUACUACAUGGUGACUGCCAAAUUGCUAAUGAGGGAGAUUUGGCGGAAAGGAGUCAACUGGGACGAGCCGCUACCAGCUGAUUUGGCCGCAGCCUUUGAGGAUUGGCGGAAAGAAAUGAGGAAGAUCGAAGAGUUCCGAUGUCCGCGCUACUACUUCGGCGGUGGACGCGUGCGGAUGCUACAGCUGCACAUCUUUGUGGACUCCAGUCAGUCGGCGUUCGCAGCAGCGGCCUAUUGGCGGGCCACUUACGAGAACGGAGACGUGCAGGCGCAUUUCAUAAGCUCCAAGACGAAAUGCGCUCCGAUGAGGACUAUGUCGAUCCCGCGACUGGAACUUCAGGCAGCAGUAUUGGGCACGAGACUGAUGGACACCGUCAAGCAAGAGCACGGUGUGGCGAUCAGCAGCUGCGUAUUAUGGACGGACUCUAAGACUGUGUUGCACUGGAUAAGCAGCACCCACCGGAGAUACAAACAGUUCGUCGGUAAUCGAGUGGCGGAGAUCUUGGAAUCCACGGAGGCGUCCCAGUGGAGAUGGAUUCCGUCUGGCGAAAAUGUGGCAGACGACGCGAAGAGGCCGCGCAAGGCCGUGGACCUGAGCAUCGGUUCGAGAUGGCUAAGCGGUCCACCAUUUCUACGAGGACCAGAGGAGAGCUGGCCAAGAUCGAGCGAGGGGUGGAUCCCUCCGACGCCCGACGAAGAGGAAAUGAAAUGUGAGUUUGCUUUGGUCAUGGUGAAUUUCAUAUCCCUGCAGAGAUUCUCGAAAUACAAUCGACUGUUGAGGAGCACCGCAUGGGUGCUCAGAUUUAUUCGUCGGUGCCGUGGAUUGCGAUACGAUGGAGAGGAUCACGGACUGACGUCGAUGGAGUGCGCUGAAGCUGAGCGCGCACUAGUACGGCAAUCGCAGCGAGAAGCGUUUGCUGAGAACGACCAAAGGAAGGCCGCCAAGGGCAGCCGGUUGCAUGGACUGUCCCCAUACUUCGACGAGGACGGAGUAAUGCGAGCCAGCGGAAGGAUCGACGACGCGACGUGUGUGCCAUACAGCGCACGUCGACCGAUCAUACUGUGUCACGAUGAGGCACUGCACUUUUUCAAUAUCGUCUGGUACCUCUUCCUCUAA